AUGAAUAGUUCACCUCACGAUUAUGUACCUCAUUGCUCACCGGCAGAACAAAUGCCGAAUGCGAUGCAAGCAGUUACUGAGAAUCGUCAUUUCAGUAUAGGUACGAUGGUUUCCCCGAAAUCAGGUCCCGGUAGGCCUUCUGUUCCUCAACAACAGCCUCUUUUCAACACAACUGGUAAUUCAACACGUCUUCCUCCAACUCAGGCCCAACCAAUUCCUGCUUCGUCACAAAUGCCUCCACGUUCUGCUCAGGUGCCUCUUUCCACCCCACUUCCUCAUCAUUACCAGCAGCAGCAGGAACAACCUGCUUCAACUGGAAACGCUGAUAUUUCUUCAACUGGUCCUUCUAAUGCUACAAAUGCGAUGUUCCGUGUACAAAUGUGGUCUAACAAUUUCGAUAGUGGUGUUCAUUCUAUGAACCAUAGUUCGGCACCAUCGGUAUUAUCCGUCAGUUCGCUACGCGCUGGAUCGCAAAUCUCCACUAUGUCUGAUGAUGCACAUUCACGAAUUGAAUUAACUGAUCAGCAGCAAAUAAAAUUUGAAAAUAUACCGUCUGAUUUAGGGCGUGGCUCACAAGAUGGUGAAACACGGAAUGCAGUUCCAGAACUUAUACAUUUACUUAGUGAUGCUGAUGAGGUGGUAGUACAACGUGCAGCAACGACGAUACAAACUAUCGCCAAAAUUGAUUCCGAAGAACCGCUUUAUGCGGAACCUUAUUUGCGAGCAGUUGAAGUUAUAACUGCUCUGAAAGAUCUGUUGAGGACGAAAUCAAAUAAACCGGCUAUCAUUAAACCAACGCUUGGUGCAUUGUUUCAUAUUUCUGAACGUCGUGAUGGUCUAGAAAGUAUUUUAAAAAUAAAUGACCAGACAAAAGGGUCAUUGCUGAUCGAUAUUAUUCAACACAUUAAAUUUACCGGUGGUUCAGCCUUACGUUACGCAAUCUUAACGUUUCAUACUAUCAUUGCUGUGAAAUCGGCUGAUGGACACAAUAUUGAAGUGGCUCGGGCCAAUGGUGCACUUCAGGCUCUAACUCAAUUUCUCGAUCGUGAAAGUAAUGAAAAGCUUCUUUCAGUAAUUGUUGAAUGUGUGCGAUUGCUUUGUGAUAAAAGUCAAACGCAAAGGGCAUUAUUUCUACAGUUAAACGGGCCAUCCAAACUGCUUCAUAUAUUGCGUGUGUUACGCUAUGAAGGUUUACUGUGGAGAACUACACAACUUUUGAAAAUUUUUUCUAAUGCAGAUCCUCAGGCAAUAGUGAAGUGUGGUGGCUAUGAUGUUCUGCAUAAACAACUUGAACAUGCCAGUCAGCGGUUGAUUAUUUCAACUUUGGAAUGUAUUAGGAAUAUGUCCGAUGUGCCCACCAAAGAUAUGGAUGUUUCACCUCUUCUUAAUAAACUUCUGCAGCUUUUAGGUGCAAUGGAUCCAAUUGUUAUUUUGUAUUGUACUGGAAUUUUAUCGAAUCUGUUGGCCAAUAAUCAAAUGAACAAAGAAUUUUUAUUUAGUCGAGGAGCAAUACCAACUUUGUAUCGUGUUUUGAUUAGUUCGUACAGCAUACCAGCAAGCACUCCAAAUCAACAGCAAAGAGUGGAAGAUAUCCAGGAACGUGCAUUAGCAACAUUGCGUCACCUGUGUGUCGGACAUACUCAUCAAGUAGAAGCACAGAAAGCUGUCCUUCAGCAACAGUAUGCUGCUGACUUUUUACUCCGAAAACUUACCGAAAUGAGGCCUUCUAUUUUGAAGCAGACUCUCCAGAUAUUGAAUAAAGCAGCUUUGCAAGAUGCAAAUCUUCUACUAUUUCGUGAAAUUCGUCUGAGGCAGGCAGCUGAUUGCGAGACGAACUUUGUGGAGCGUAUCGCAUUGAUUCUAAAAGUUGCAUGCGACCAGUUACCAUCGACAAAGAUGGUGGAAGAAGUACGCGUUGCAGAUCUCAUUCAAUUAUCAUUAUCUACUCUUCAGCUUUUAUGCCGAGAUUCAGUUCUUCUGAAUCAGAUAUCAUAUUGUAUUAGAAGGUCUGAUUUCCUAAUGUUUCGCGAUCGAGAUGGUGACUGUGCAGCAUUGCUACCGGUGUUUUGUUUAUAUCAGAAUUAUGUGAAGGAUGAAAACUUGGAUAGAAGUGCACUUGGCCUUAUAUAUGAACUUUCUUCCCAUCCUGAAUUGGCUGCAUUAUAUGCUGCAGAUAGUGGUUUGAUGGCAGCUUUACACCAUUAUUCACAAAGCCGUAACCAGCCUUUUGCAACAUAUGCCAAACAGGCUUAUGAGCGUAGCAUGCAAGGUGGGGAUCCGUCAGUUCUUUAUCAGAAUUUCUCUUUGCCAUCAUCAUCUCAUCGUUUGGUUUUACAUUCGGCACAGCCCGGUGGGCAGCCAAAUGUACCGUACAAUGGGUAUUCUCAACAAAUUCAAUAUCCUCAACAAAACUAUGGAGUCAAUAAUUCUUACAAUACUGUAUCACCAUCCGCAUCAGUAGCACUUCAUUAUCCUUCUUUGCCACCUCAACAAACUCCAUUAUCAACACCUGCAUCUUUAACUUCAUAUUCUAACUUGGAAGGUGCUGGCAUUCACGUACAGUCUCAGACUUCGUCACCUCCUCAACAGCAAGCACCUUCUGAUAAUCAAGCAGCUCCUGUUAUGUAUGGUCGUGAAGGUCCAUCGCAGAACACUGGUAACACGUCCAGUAACAUGGAAUAUUCUUCAGGAGAAGUGUGGCCUGAGGAUCUUUCUGGACUCUCAAUAAGUGACGACCCAUUCGCAACAAUGUUCACACAACAGUUCGACUUACCUCAACAAAGACAUCACUUGCGAUCGACAUAUCCCUCUGCUCGAGGAGAGCACGGUGGGACCUCGUUAAAUGCUUACUGUUGUCCUGGACCACCGAGUAUCAAUACUACCGAUCAGCCGAUGGAAAGUGUUCAUAUGGGUAGUCCCGAUGCUCCAGCUUCUUGGAACGACCCGACAAAUAACAGCAAUUUCGGUGAUUUCCAGAUGUAG